GAUCGCCCCUCCCCCGUGCCCAGCGCCCUCCUUGGCCCCCCUGGGCGCCCUCCGCAGUCCGGUGGCUCGCGGCCCCGGCCGGUGGGAGGGCCCACCGGGGGGGGCGCGCUCCCGCGGGCCCCGUCCCCGGCUGCGUGGCGCUUGCGCCCGCCGCGACCCCUCUCCGCAGGCCGGCCUUCUCGCGAGAAGGAGAGGCCGGAGGCGGAGCGGCUGCGGGCACGCUGGUGGGGAAGGGGAGAGCUCCGCGCCGCUGGCCGAGCAGCCCCGGGCUGGAGGAUCCGAACCUUCGACCCACGCGCCAUGCCGUGUUUCAGACGUUUCCCCUUGAGUUGGAGGUGAACCGAGCAGGCGGUCGCUUAUGAAACUGCUCACCAGGAUGACCAAAGCGCGGCUGUUCCGUCUUUCGGUGGUCGUGGGUUCCGUUUUCAUGAUCCUGCUGAUUAUUGUGUACUGGGAUAACGUGGGCACGGCACACUUCUACCUGCACAGUUCUUUCUCCGGGCACCGCGAGGUGCUUCCUACGGUGGUUAAGGGUGACGGCCGAGGUUCUCUAUCAGACGUCGAUGAGUUUUUAGAGAAGCUUCUAACUACUGAUCUGAGGUCCCGUGCGGAUCGGAAAACAGAACAACCGCCGCUGCAGGCUUCGAGCCGGCCCGUUGUUGGCACUUUGGAGGAGAACGUGAGAGGUUAUGACUGGUCCAGUCACGAUGCCGGAACGAUGCUGGACCAAGAGAAGAUACAGGCAGAGAGAAGGGAAACCCUGAGGGCGUUAUGUGCCAAUUCCAGCUUUGCCUUCCCGACCAAGAACCGCUCGUUUGAGGAUAUCCCCAACUACGAACUGAACCACUUGAUUGUCGACGACCGCCACGGCAUCGUUUAUUGCUACGUCCCCAAAGUGGCGUGCACCAACUGGAAACGGGUGAUGAUCGUCCUGAGUGAAAGCCUGCUGGACCAAGGCGUUCCUUACGCUGACCCCUUGAACAUCCCUCGCAAGCACGUCCACAACACCAGCACCCACUUCACCUUCAACAAAUUUUGGCACCGCUACGGCAAGUUCUCUCGCCACCUCAUGAAGAUCAAACUGAAGAAAUACACCAAGUUCCUGUUCGUCCGGGACCCCUUUGUCCGGCUCAUCUCGGCCUUCCGGAGCAAAUUCGAGCUGGAGAACGAGGAGUUCUAUCGCCUGUUUGCCAUCCCGAUGUUGAAACUCUACUCCAACCUCUCUAGUGUCCCUACCUCGGUCAGCGAGGCCUUUAAAGCAGGCCUCAGAGUUUCCUUUUCAGAUUUCAUCCAGUAUCUACUGGAUCCUCGGACAGAAAAGGUGGCCCCUUUCAACGAGCACUGGAGGCAAGUGUAUCGCCUCUGCCACCCGUGUCAAAUAGAGUAUGACUUUAUUGGCAAGCUGGAAACCUUGGACGAAGACGCAGCUCACCUGCUGCAGCUUCUCAAGGUGGAUCAUCUCCUCCGCUUCCCUCCCAGCUAUCGGAACAGGACAGCCAGUAGCUGGCAGGAAGACUGGUUUGCCAAAAUCCCCAUGGCGUGGAGGCAGGAGUUGUACAAGCUUUACGAGGCAGACUUUGUACUCUUUGGCUACCCCAAACCCGAACACUUGCUUAAAAACUGAACGAGACAGAACCGGAGGGAACAGAGCAUUCACGAUACCCAAAGAACUCCGUUUCAGAAUACAAACGCCUCUCUGCCUAUGUUAACCUGCUCAAGUGUACUUUUCCUAGAACGUCUUGCAAACCGUCGUCUGGUUGCAAGAUCCUCGGAAACCCCCUACUGGACAAAUGGUUUCCUUUUCCUUCCUCUGUUACUUUUUUUUACAUUUAUCCGGCUGGAUAUCACUUUCUCCAGCCUGCCACCGUUUCUUUUUUGAAUGCUUUUUAUUAGUACUUUUU